GGGCCAAACAAUCACAUGGGGGCUCUCCCCCCAUCCUGCGCCUGCGCGGCCCCUCUGUCUCGUCACUUCCGGCCCGGGCCUCCCAGCUGGAAGCGGCUGCGGCGGUGGCGGUGUCUGAAACUGGGCGAGCAAUUGCCCUUCCAGAGCUUCCCAACAGCAGACUGAAGCCAAGAAGGAGACCCAGGCAUUUGAGUUGAGUGAUUAGACCAGACACCCCCAGCUAUGACCAGUUCCCCUGUCUCUAGAGUUGUCUACAAUGGCAAAAGGAAUAGUAGCCCCCGGUCUCCAAGCAACAGCAGUGAGAUCUUCACCCCGGCCCACGAGGAGAACGUUCGCUUCAUUUAUGAAGCAUGGCAGUGUGUGGAACGAGACCUCCGGAACCAGAUGUCUGGCAGCGAGCGUGGCCUGGUGGAGGAGUAUGUGGAAAAGGUCCCUAACCCCAGCCUGAAGACUUUCAAACCUUUUGACUUGAGUGACCUGAAACGCCGGAACACACAAGAUGCCAAGAAGUCCUAAGGGCAGUGGCCUGGUUGCCCCCUUCCUCCCCAUGGCCUCUGGAAGAUUGAAAGUUGCAGAAUUUAUGUUGGUUUUUCUCCCUUUCCUCUGGGCCCAUGUCCCUGGCAGGGCAAGUAAAGAGCCAUGCUCAUGUUGGGCCGAGUACCUGCAAGGAUGGACUUGAUUGGCACUCAAGGCCCUCCCUCCCCUCUUCCUCCUUCCUUUUUCUUUAGGGAGGUUCCAAGUUGUUGCUGUGAUUUGGGGGACUUGGCCCCUGUCACCACCCAUCCUCUCUUCCUGUACUCUAAACCUAUAUGUUUCUGGAGCUGCCUAGCUCUGUCUGCCCUCCAGGCAGCCUAGAGCCCUCAUUUUCCCUCUUUGGCUUUUAGAUGUCAAGGCAGCUGAGCAUGGCAGUCCUCCCAUCUCUCCCUUUACUUCUGAGAUAAGGUGGAAGGAGCAAGGGACAUAUGGGGGGAUCUGGGACCAGUGGGAGUUGGAUCGAAUUGGUUCUCUAAGAUGGUGAGGUUAAGUAGUGGUAACUCCAUCCUCCUACAACCUGGUUCCACUAUAGACAUCUGCUACUGCCUAUGUCUUGGGCAGGCUGGGAAGUCUCCAUUCUUCCUUUCCCAGAUGUCCAACUGAGGUCCUUUCCCUGCUUUCCAAACCCUGUUGGCCCCAGCUCCCUCAUGCCUGGGUAGCCCUCUAGGACCCAUUCCCUACAGGGUUACCAGGCAGCCAUGCCAAGUCUGUCCUAGACCAGCAGCCUCUCUCCUCAGGAGCCCCAGUGGCUGCUAUUGUGCCCUGGUCUAUCCUAUUCCCAGCUGGUAGUUUUACCGAGAGGGUUACCAGUAGUUCCCUUUUUUCUUUUUGUUACAGUUCAAGAGCUGAGUUGUUUGCCAUUACUCUGUAGCCUGAGGAGCUGUAAAUAAAGAUGGGGUUAGGCAUUUGGAAUGUGCCUCUGGCUGAGUUUGUAGCCCCCUCUGUAGCCAAGCUGGUCAGCCCUGAUAUUGUUUCAGAUGCCCACUCAAUACUAGGACCUUGGGUAUCAGGCCAUUUUUCCUUUUAGGCCUUGGGCUGGGCAGCCGGCAUGAGACCUCAACAGGUGGUAGAAAGGAUCUUUUGCAACUGUAUCUUAUUUCUCAAGAGUGCAUUGUCUUUUUUAGGACUUUGGAGUUGAUAAAAAUGAAAUUAGAGGCUAUUGGCAAGAUCAUGAGAAUCCAGAUGUUGUGAGAUGUCAGUGUCUAUGAUAUAUAUGCUGAAAGAGUCUGUGCUUCCCAGCAGAGGAGUUAUGAAAUCUUUUCUGCUCCCACGAUACUUAUUGACUAGACUUUUCAUUAGAAGGUACUGAAUCUGGGAUCGUCCUCUCUUGGUCAGUAGUGACCCCUGCUUUGGCUAAAACACUGGCAAGAAUGGGGAAGGACUCCUUACAGUGGUACCAGCUUCACUAUUAAACCCAAUUUGGUUUCUGUGAUUGUUUCAUCCCCUCCUAACCCAGCCUGACCUCAUUUAGUUUAGGAGAAAAAUCUCCACUCCUUAUGGGGUAUGGUGCCACUGGAGAGGGAACAGUAACUUUCCUGUGUGUUUGGGCUGGACCUCAGAGAUUUGCUGGAAGAGAACCAACAAAGUUCUAGUCAGAAAAUCUGUCCCUUCUGACAUCUUUUCUUUGACUUUAGUCGAGAAACCUGUGGCCGGGAAGCAGUACCCAAUCUGAGGUUUGAGUCUUCAGAUUGUCAUUAGGUUGACCUAGAAACAUCUCCUUCAUUUUGGUCUGUCCAGACAUGAAACAUUCCUCCUGUCUCAGGCAAUUGAAUUCAAACAGGAAUUCUCUCUGAAGAUUUAUUUCAGGAAUGCCCUUUCCCGGAAUAGUCUCCUCGGCCUUCAGUGGCAUCUCAGGCAGUAUCAAUGCAGUCACCUUCCCCCAAGCUUAGGCUGACAGCUGGAGCUCUCUGUGUGCCCUGCCCAGAAUCCCAGCUCCCACUCUGUGGCCACCCUUGCUGUCAGGCAUGGCUAGCCGCAGGGAAGGGAGGGACUGAGAACAUGGAGGGGGGAAAUUUGGACUCCAGGCUGCCCUGGGGAUAUUGGGAUCAGAUGGUGACACAGUCUAAGAAAACUGGAUUCUUAGAAGCUGGAAUUAGUCUUUUGUACUUAAUACUGAUUAUUGGGAUCAUAGAGCUGGAAAGGACUUUAGAGAUCUUCUCAUGAAAUAGAUGGGAAGCUGAGGCCCAGAGCAGGGAGGGAGGCAAUGUAUCCAAGAUCAUUGAAUGAGUUAAUGGCACAGUCAAGACUAGAACCCAGGCCUCUUGACUGCUAAUCCAGCAUCCUUUCUACUCACCGAGUAAUUGUCAGAUUGGUUUGGUUUCCUGACACCAGACUCUGGAGAACAGAGGCAACUGCAACCUGGAGGCCUCUCCUGACCAUCAGCCUGGUACUCAUGACAGCUCCUUUCCUGUCCAUGGACAACACUGGAUCCUCAGGGUUCCUUUUACUCACUUUCUCUGCUAAACUUUCACCAAGUCCUUUGAAGCACUUGGCAGCAAUGAGACACAGUUUCUCCACUCCUGAACGUUUGACUGCUGUAUACUGCCGAAGAAUGUCCUAAACAAGGGAUUGAAUAUUGUCAGUUCAAAGAAUAUGUUGAUAUUCCAACUCACUAUGGUUAGAACUGACUUAAUAGAUGCUAAAAAGCAACAACUUCAGUUUAGGUAAUGGUUCAAUAAAAAAAAAUAAAGUUUAGCAAAAAAAAAAGAA